AUUCGAGCACUGAAUCGUUUCCUUCUCACUCUCUCCCUCUCUCUCUCUAACUUUUCUUUUUCUCUAUCCUAUUCUGCAUUCUUGUUUUGAUUCGGAUUUUUUUGGUUCCAUACUCUCUUCUUCUAUCUUUCUUUAUCAACAAAGCAUUAUUCGAUUUCGUCUUUGCCUCUCUUUCUAUACCUUUUUUUUUUUCCUUUUUUUUGAAAUCCCAUCUCCUCACUCAUCUUCCUUUUUCUCUAUUUUCAACAUUCUCUCCUCUCUGGUUUUGAUCUGCCUAUCCCUGAAGAGGGCUUGCUAGAAAUGAAGAAAUUUAUACUGAAGUUGGAUAUAAAUGAUGACAAAGCUAAGCAGAAGGCUCUCAAGACCGUGUCUACUCUUUCAGGGAUUGAUUCCAUUGCCGUGGACAUGAAAGAAAAGAAAUUAACGGUGAUCGGCACAGUUGAUCCUAUAACUGUAGUGAGCAAAUUGAGAAAGUAUUUUCAAACAGAUAUAAUCUCAGUAGGGCCAGCGAAGGAGCCUGAGAAGAAAGAAGAGCCUAAGAAGGAAGAACCCAAGAAAGAAGAGGAAGCUAAGAAAGAGGAACCAAAGAAAGAAGAGGAAGCAAAGAAAGAGGAGCCCAAGAAAGAAGAGGAAGCGAAGAAAGAGGAGCCCAAGAAAGAGGAAGAAAAGAAAGAAGAAGAGAAAAAGACAGAAGCAGCUCCAGCAGCAGCACCAGUUGCAGUUGCAGCUGCACCACCACCAGAUCCGGUUUUAGAGCUUGUUAAGGCUUACAAAGCUUAUAAUCCUCACCUCACCACAUAUUAUUAUGUGCAAAGCAUUGAAGAGAAUCCAAAUGCUUGUGUUAUUUGCUAAGCUGGAUGGCUAUAUAAGUUUAAGGACAAGUAUAUAUAGCUCUCUUUUUGCCCCAACUGGUGAUGGGUUUUUUUCAAUCUUAUCAGUUGUUCAAGUGUGUUAAGAGGCCAAAACCUAAGAAGAGAAGAACCUUGUAUAUAAAGUGGUGAUGCCUCAUUCUUCUAUUCAGAAGAAUAGUAAUGUGUAGAGAAGAAUAAAUGAAAUUUUGUAACUUGUUCUUUCUUUAUUUUUCACAUUUUCUUUGGGGGUAGAAAAAGGCGGUGUUAAUCCCAUAAUUUGGAACUUGUUCUUUAUUAUCUUAAUCAUUACUUAUUAUAAUUAGACA